UCUCUCUGAAGCAGCAGGCCCCUCCUCUCCGGGGUGAAACGAUGCGCUACGGGCCACCGGAUUGGCUCUAAUGACACGUCAAUCAAUACUAACGCGCACAGCAGUGCCGGUGAUGAACAGGACAGCACUGUAUGGGGGCGGGCUCACCUAAGAAAAUUAUAAGGUCAUUUGAAUUACCGUAGCCAUAGAGCUCGAGCCCGGCCUGCCGUAACAAUGAGGCGAGAGGAGAAAUGAUCCCGAGCGAUAACCAUGAUGGAGAUGAAAUAACCUUUAACGGGGGCAAAGUCUCGAGACCUUCCGCGCGCCACAGCCAGCCGUUAUCGCCACGAGCCGUCAGGAGUGAGAGAAGGAAGGGCGCCUUCGCUUGCUUUCAUUGAAGACCGGUGUGUGGUGUGGUGUGAGUGUGUGUAGGCUAACCAACCAACGCAAGAAAACGCCUGAGCGAUUGGAGCUAUUCCGCUAAGCCGAUCAAGGCGGAAUUGUAACGGCACAGGCUCCUGUUCGGGGAAUAAGAGUCACAUUCGCGUGCGUUUGGAGACGGGGAGAGCAGGAUGAUGCGUUUGGGGUGUUGCACGGCGCUCCUCUUCCUCUUCCGAUUGGUUCUGGGGUUGCCAUGGUACCAGGUGUUGCCGGCCAUCACCAUAUUCUACCUGGGCUCCGGGGGAUACCACUUCCUGCACGUCUUCGCCAAGACACUCGGCAGAGACCUGCAUGCUGCCGGCGUCCUGUUAAAGGUGAAGUUUAACGUGAGGCGUCACCUGCGCCAGAAGAACACCAUCCCCAAGAUCUUCGCCGAGACGCUAGGUCGCCACCCUGAUAAGGUGGCGCUGAUCUUCGAGGGGACGGGCGAACGCUGGACGUACCGACAGCUGGACGACUACAGCACGCGCGUGGCCAACUUGCUAUGGCAACGGGGAUAUCGUCAAGGAGACGUGGUGGCCCUCUUUAUGGAGAACAAGCACCAGUACGUGGGCUUGUGGUUGGGCAUGGCUAAGAUCGGCGUGGAGGCGGCCCUCAUCAACUUCAACCUGCGACUGGAGGCCCUGGUACACUGCAUCAACAUAUCCAACGCCAAGGCAGUGGUCUUCGGCAGCGAGCUCUCUGAAGCCAUGUGUGAGGUGCACAGCUCGAUGGCUAAGCGUGUGAGCCUCCUGUGUUGUGGUGAGUGGGACCCCAGACGCGUCCCGGAGGGAACUGAGAGCCUGGAGCCACUACUGGAGGACGCCCCCACACACACACCCACGCCGCCAGACUGCGGAUUCACAGAUCGUCUGUUCUACAUCUACACAUCGGGGACUACAGGGAUGCCCAAAGCUGCUAUCGUAGUGCACAGCAGAUAUUACCGUAUGGCUUCUCUGGUCUAUUACGGCUUCAAGAUGACUUCAGACGACGUGCUGUACGACUGCCUACCACUAUACCACUCGGCAGGCAACAUCGUGGGCGUGGGGCAGUGUUUGAUUCAUGGUAUGACGGUUGUCAUCCGGAAGAAGUUUUCGGCUUCCAAGUUCUGGGAUGACUGCAUCAAAUACAACUGCACUAUCGUUCAGUAUAUCGGUGAGAUCUGCCGCUACCUCCUGAACCAGCCGGUGCGUGCGUCGGAGCGAGGUCAUCGCGUCCGCAUGGCGUUGGGCAACGGCCUCAGGCAGUCCAUAUGGGAGGAGUUUACCGGACGCUUCAACGUUCCGCAGAUCGCAGAGUUCUACGGAGCGACUGAGUGCAACUGCAGCCUGGGCAACUUCGACAACAAGACGGGUGCGUGUGGUUUCAACAGCCGUAUCCUGCCGUACAUAUACCCCAUACGACUGGUGAAGGUGGAUGAGGACACCAUGGAGCUGAUCAGAGGACCUGACGGAGUGUGUUUACCAUGCGGACCAGGUGAGCCGGGGCAGCUGGUUGGUCGCAUCAUCCAGAGUGAUCCUCUGCGGCGAUUCGACGGCUACAUCAACCAAUCAGCAACGUCCAAUAAGAUCGCUCACAGUGUCUUCAACAAGGGAGACUCCGCCUACCUUUCAGGUGAUGUCUUGACCAUGGAUGAGUACGGCUACAUGUACUUUAAGGAUCGUACGGGCGACACCUAUCGCUGGAAGGGUGAGAAUGUGUCCACUACGGAGGUGGAGGGAACUCUCAGCAGACUUCUGGACAUGAAGGAUGUAGUGGUGUAUGGAGUAGAGGUCCCAGGGGCGGAGGGUAAGGCGGGCAUGGCGGCCAUAGCAGAUCCUGAAGUCACUACUGAUCUGGAGAAGUUUGCCCGCGACAUGGAGAAGUCUCUUCCCUCCUACGCACGACCUGCCUUCCUACGCUUCCUCCCGGAGGUCAACAAGACAGCCACCUUUAAGUUCCAGAAGACGGAGAUGCGUCGCGAGGGUUUCGACCCGUUGCAGGUGUCGGACCGGCUGUUCUUCCUGGACACCAGCAGGGGGGGCUACGUAGCGCUGACGCCAGAGCUGCAUCGCGCCAUCCUCAGCGGCAAACAGAAACUCUAGACCUCUAGACCCGCCAACCAAUCAGGCCAGCCAACCAAUCCCCUCGCACUGCUGACCUGUCAAUCAGGCCUUCACCCAAUCAAUGCCCCCCAUGCCCCGCUCCUCACAUAUGCCCCUCCCCUCUCAGGCCCGUCAGGUCCUCCACCCAAUCCCCACACACUUACUCACAUAAGUCCCGCCCACAUGGCAACAGGACAUGCCUACCCCCCCACCCCACCCUCAGGUUACCUGAUUGGUCACAGCGAGGGGAAAACAGGAACACCUUUCAUUUCAACCAAUGAACAGAGACCUUCUCUCUUACAUCACAACUGAAGCCCGCCCCCAACCCGCUCCUUAGCCACGCCCAGGAAUGCCAUUCCACCAAUCAGCAUAGCCCGUUCCAGCUUCUUCCUGACCAAUCCGGAGGCUGUCUUGGACGGCACAGAGACGGGCUGCCUGGCAUCAUUGCAGAAAAAAACAACAACAACAAAACAAAUAACUAUAAAUCAAAACAAAAGUAAAAAGUUAAAACCUGAAGAAUCAACAAGCAAAAGGAGACUUUGACUAAACAAACAAACUAAGGAGUGACUAGAGAGGAGUGGAGAAAAGACUGCAACACACCAGCGAGUGUGUGUGUGUGUGUGUGUGUGUGUGUGUGUGUGUGUGUGUGUGUGUGUGUGUGUGUGUGUGUGUGUGUGUGUGUGUGUGUGUGUGUGUGUGUGUGCAUGACUGAGUGUGUAUGUGUGUGUGUUUGUGUGUGGAGUCUGGAUUCAUCGAUGUGUUUCAUGUCAGAAUUCGAGAUGUCAGCCCCUGAAGCUCAACCUGCUCCAAAGUCCUUGUGAAGUUUGGCCCUCUUAAGCCCGCUUUUGCCUUGCCCUGGCCCUCUUUAGCCCUCUUCAGCCCUGGAAAGGCGCUACGCUAUGCUAGGCUAGCGCUACGCUAAUGCAUGUCGCUAGCACAGGAGUGUGCACCACCGAUGACCAAAGCCACCUGUUCUUUAGCCACGCACUAUGCUAGGCUAGUGCUACGCUAAUGCAUGUUGCUAGCAGAGGAGUGUCUGCACCACCUAUGACCAAAACCCCAGAGGGCUAGCGUGCAAUAGGCAGCCAGGUGGCUAGCUAGCUCUGCUGUCGAAGCGAAGUGUGUGUUUGUGUGUGUGUGUGUGUGUGUGGGUUUGUGUGUUUGUGUGUGUGUGUGUGUGUGUGGGUUUGUGUGUGUGGCUCGAGUGCAGCUAGCUAGCCGCAGGGGCCACACCACCAAUGCUAUUUAUUAUUAAAGGGACCGGCAUCACCAAAAAUAUUUAAGUUGUAGACUAGUCACAUUAUCCAGUCAUAUUCCAAAAAAAACAUGAUUGUAUCAUUUGCAUUGUUGAUUGGUGUACUAUGGUUAUGGUUUUUAUUUAUAUUUAUAUGUACUUACUGUACUUUGAUCAUUGCACUCUGCCGCUGCGUUGCUGUGUGUACGACUGGGCUGCACUACUCCGUUGCACUACUCCUCCAUAAGUCUAGAGGGCGCUAGUCAAGCAUCUCCUAAUGGCCAUGCCUGACCGUUGUCAUGGAAACCGUUGUGGGUUGAGCUAUCAGGGCUGACCUCGUGAUGACAGGAAGAAACAGAAAGAAAAACAAAAAAAACGGAAAUUGAAAACAAACAAACGGAAAUGUAAGGAUUAAACGGAAAUUAAGGAUUGUAAAAAAAGCGGACACCUGAACUUUGACCUGCAGCAGCCCUGCAGCGCUGCCAUGGAAACCAUGAGGACAAUGACAAUGAUGACAUUGAGAACAUUGAUGAUGAGGAUGGUGACGAGGAGGGGGGUUGUUAGUGCAAUAUGUUCUGGUGCUAAUGGACAACGUCCUCCGAGGAAAUUGAUUAUUGCGAUCAUGUCAACAGAGAUGGAGGGAAGAGGACAGAGAGAGAGAGAGAGAGGGGGAGGGAGGGAGAGAAAUGAGCCAUGGGAUGGGGGAAAAGGGAAUCGUGUGCAACAUGACUCAUGAGUUAGUUCAUUGUUUAAAUAGUUAGUUAAUCGAUUGAUUGAUUGAUUGAUUAGUAUUAUUUGUGUUUGUGCUUGUUGCUGUCUAUGUGUCUCACUCGGCCACUCAGUCUGCUGUCUGUCUGUCUGCUGUCUGUCUGUCUGUCUGUCUGUCGCGUCGCUACUUUAAAUCAGCCGGCAUGAAUGAUCAAACACUACGGAGCUCCGUGCCUUACUCGAAAUCACCCAUCACUAUGGCAACAGCACCCCAUCACUCUGGAGUUAGCAACACCACCCAUCACUAUGGCAACAGCACCCCAUCACUCUGGAGUUAGCAACACCACCCAUCACUAUGGCAACAGCACCCCAUCACACCAUAAACCCACACGUUUCUAUAAAACUCAACAAUGGGGGUCCACAAUGGGGUUCUGUGAGCUGGCGAGUUAGCGUUAAUGGAGUUAGCAACACCAUCCAUCACUCUGGUGUUAGCGUUAGCAUCAGCGUCACUCUUACUCUGAGGAUAGCAACACCACCGUCACCCACGAUCUCAAUAACCUCCCCCUUAUCCAACACCCCCUUACCCAUCACCACCCGUCACUACGGAGUAAGAGUUAGGAACAACACCCAUACUCAACACCACCCAUCACUAUGGAGUUAGAGUUAGCAACAUCGUAACUCUUAUUCAACACCACCCAUCACAAUGGAGUUAGAGUUAGCAACAACUUCACUCUUAUUCAACACCACUUAUCACUAUGGAGUUAGAGUUAGCAACAACGUAACUCUUAUCCAACAUCGCUCUUACUGGACAGCACUCUUUCCCAAUUUCGCUCUCACUGUUGAGUUGCAACAUCUCCAACCCAGGAGAUAGGCUACCAUUCUUACUCUGAGGGUGUCGUCACCAUCUCUUUAACAUCACUCUAUAACUCUACUUACUGUGCGGAUGGUGGCAUUAGCAUCUCUCUCUCCCUCUACCAUCCCUCUCUCCCUCUACCAUCUCUCUCUCCCUCUACCAUCUCUCUCUCCCUCUACCAUCUCUCUCUCCCUCUACCAUCCCCCUCUCCCUCUUCCAUCUUUAUGUCAUCUCUCUGUUCCUCAUCUCUCUGCUCCUCUAUCAUUCCUCACUGCAGAAUCAAUACCUUCCUGUUUGUUCUAGAAUGUCUGUAGAACGCAGUCAUGUCUGUCCACGUCAUUCUAGAACGUCUGUAGAGCGCGGUCAUGAUCAUUGUAGGAUCUCAGAGUCUUCUGUCUGUGUUAUUGUCGUUCCAUACGUUCCAUAACCACAGCAGGCCAAGCAUCCUCUAAAGCACUAGAGACGUUUACGUUCUUUUGGGUUCUCCACACUGUGUUUCUGUUCUUUUGGGUUCUGCACGUUUCUUUCUGUUCUUUUAGGUUAUGCACAUUUUCUUUCUGUUCUUUUGGGUUCUGCAUGUUUUCUUUCUGUUCUUUUGGGUUCUCCACAUUUGUUUGCUUCCUUUGGGCUAAAUAUCAGAGGAGUCUCAGACUGUAAGAGAGAUGAGUGUCCCCCAUGCUCCAAUACUCCUCUUCAACAUUCCCCUUCGUCUGACUGAACCUUUAACACAAGAUGCUUUUGUGUGUUUGUGUGUGUUUGUGUGUGUGUGUGUGUGUUCACCAAAGGGCAUGCUUGUCACUAUCUCCCCCUUGCGUCUGAGUCUCACUGUAAUUAUCUCUCAUUCACAGCCAUCGAGUCAUAUCGUACUUCCAUAUCUCAUGAAAGAAGAGGGAACACUGAAAAAAGUCAAUAAUAAUAAUAAUAAUUCAAUAAUUGUUCAAUAAUGAUGUCGGUUAUCAUUCCAACAGCAGUUUUCAAGGGCUCAUG